AUGAAAAAAAGGGAAAAAAAAGAAAAAAUGACAUUUAAUAUACCGGUUAUCAACCUUGAGGUUGGCGAACUCAAGGAUAUAAUAUGGGCAAAACUACAGGAGCCACACUAUCAAAGAAGGCUCGUUUUGAUCAUCGUAUCCAUUGCCCUGCUAUUGGAUAACAUGUUGUAUAUGGUCAUCGUACCCAUAAUACCGGAUUAUUUGAGGUACAUAGGAGCAUACGAACAAAUCGAUGUCAUUCUACCGCCGAACGGUACCCAAGGACCCGUCAAACACGAUCAUCACGGUCAGGAUACGUCGACGGGAGUUUUAUUCGCUUCCAAAGCCAUCGUUCAACUAAUGAUAAAUCCAUUUAGCGGAGCAUUAAUCGAUAGAAUCGGAUACGAUAUACCCAUGAUGAUAGGUUUGACGAUAAUGUUUUUAAGCACGGCCGUUUUCGCAUGCGGUAGAAGUUACGGCCUGUUGUUUUUUGCAAGGAGUUUGCAAGGAGUGGGAAGCGCAUUUGCCGACACGAGCGGUUUGGCUAUGAUAGCCGAUAGAUUCACAGAAGAAGCAGAAAGAUCGAAGGCUUUGGGAAUAGCACUUGCUUUCAUAUCGUUCGGUUGUCUGGUGGCACCUCCUUUCGGCGGAGCGUUAUAUCAGUUUGCCGGAAAAGAAGUACCGUUUUUAAUUUUGGCAUUCAUUUCCCUAGCGGAUGGUUUCAUGCUUUUGCUCGUGAUGAAACCGUUGAAAACGAUCAUAAAAGAAGCCAAAGCCGAAUCGCCGGAUACGAUACCAAUAUGGAGACUAUUGAUGGAUCCGUAUAUAGCCGUGUGCGCGGGAGCAUUGAUGAUGUCGAACGUGGCGUUGGCAUUUUUAGAACCGACCAUAUCCCUGUGGAUGGAAGAUAAUUUGACGACGGAUAAUUGGAAAAUUGGAAUGAUUUGGCUUCCGGCAUUUUUCCCACACGUCAUAGGUGUCGUUGUGACGGUUAAAAUGGCAAAAAAAUAUCCUCAAUGGCAAUGGGCGAUGGCUGCUGGCGGUUUAGCCUUCGAAGGAAUGUGUUGCUUCAUAAUACCAUUUUCGGGUUCGUACAAAAUGCUCAUGUUACCAAUAUGCGGAAUUUGUUUCGGGAUAGCACUUAUAGAUACCGCACUUUUGCCUACUCUCGGAUACCUCGUCGACGUUAGAUACGUUUCCGUGUACGGAAGCAUUUACGCAAUCGCUGAUAUAUCAUAUUCCAUAGCCUAUGCCGUGGGGCCCAUAAUAGCCGGAGGCGUUGUCGAAGCCAUCGGGUUCACGGCGUUAAAUUUUCUCAUAGCCUUCUCAAAUUUGCUCUACGCUCCGGUUUUAAUGUAUAUAAAAAACAUCUACGAUUUCAAACCGUUUCAAAACGAAGCCAACAUACUCAUGUCGGAUCCUCCGGCGAAAGAAUAUCAAACGUAUUCCAUGCAAGAUCAAAAACCGCUCGAUCAAAAUUAUAAAAAUCAUUUAGACUAUGGUAGAAUGCAAGACACGGAAGGGAAUUAUGCGGAAACGACACUCGAUGGUGAACAUACCGGGGGAUACGAUGAGGGAUCCUACAAUUCCCAAUAUUCUCAAGGCUACCAACAUCAAACCGGUUAUCAACAACAACAACAACAAAAUUACUCAUCGCAACUUUCGACCCAAGAGGGUCAAAAUCAAUAUCAAUCUUAUCAGCAAUACUACCAACAAGAUUCUCAAGCACCCUCUGCAAGGGGUCCAGUAAAUCCCUUUAGGCAAACCGAAGGGAUAUCAAACGCCGCCGGGAGUAACGAAAAUAAAAAUCCCUUUAGAGGAGGAACGGGAUAUUAA